AAUGCCCCCCCGAUUCCAUUCGUCUUCCUUCCUCUUCCUUCCGUUUCCAUUUCCCCUUAGCUAACCUAACCCCCGAAAUUCCCUAUUGUCGCUGGGUUUCCGGAUCCAGCUCCAAGGGGUUUCUGAAUUCCGCCGAGAGAAUCAAACGUCGGAAGUUGGCAGAGAUGAGUUUCCAGGAUAUUGAAUCAGGCCGUCAGUUGAAUACACGGCGAGACCUCGUCAACAGCAAGCAAGACCCCACGCAGGCCGUCGCGUCGGGGAUAUUCCAGAUCAACACCGCCGUCUCUACUUUCCAGAGGCUUGUUAAUACCCUCGGGACCCCCAAGGACACCCCCGAGCUCCGCGAAAAGUUGCACAAGACAAGGUUACAUAUCGGGCAAUUGGUGAAAGAUACUUCUGUUAAACUUAAGCAAGCUAGUGAAAGCGACCAUCGUAUUGAAGUUAGCGCUAGCAAGAAGAUUACAGAUGCUAAACUUGCAAAAGAUUUCCAAGCUGUUUUAAAAGAGUUUCAGAAGGCUCAGCGGCUUGCAGCAGAAAGAGAGACAGCAUAUACUCCUUUUGUUCCCCAAGCAGUUCUUCCUUCAAGCUAUACUGCAAGUGAGAUCAAUGUGGGGUCAGAUACGAGUUCAGAACAACGUGCACUUCUUGUUGAAUCUAGAAGGCAAGAGGUUCUGCUGUUGGACAAUGAGAUCAUCUUCAAUGAGGCUAUUAUUGAAGAAAGAGAGCAGGGAAUACAAGAAAUCCAGCAGCAAAUUGGAGAGGUGAAUGAGAUCUUUAAAGACCUCGCUGUCCUGGUCCAUGAACAAGGAGCUAUGAUUGAUGAUAUUGGCUCCAACAUUGAGGGUGCCCAUGCUGCAACUGCACAGGGAAAAUCCCAACUUGUCAAAGCAGCAAAGACUCAAAGAUCAAACUCUUCAUUGACCUGCUUGCUUUUGGUGAUAUUUGGCAUCGUCUUUCUCAUUGUGGUCGUAGUACUCGCAGCUUGAUCAGACAUGUAUCUGGAUCAGAUACCAAAAAAUAUUCCCAGCGAAAAGAUGAGAACUCUUAGCUGGUUUCCGCUUUGGUUCAUGUUGCUUUAUGAAGGCGUCAUGGCCGACUGAAGCAUAUCUUUCAGUUCCAACUUCAUCAGAGUUCAAUUAGUUGGUACCCAUUUCUGUUCAUGUCGUUCUACCAGGGCAUUAAUGCUGACCGAAGUGUCUAUAUCUCUUGACUACUUGUUAAUCUCUUUUUUUUUUUUUUUUU